GCCACCGCGUAAAAGGGCGCCCCCUAGUGGUGAAAAUCUUCAACCGUCCGCACAGGUCCAGUCUCUCGUUUUGCGGCUUCAAAACGGGCGCUUGGAAUCCUGGAAACCGGCGUGGACCACUUGGACAUCAUCUGACUGAGCUCUUCAACGUUCAACACAGGGCACAGGAGGCUCUUCUUCCUCCUCCUUCCUCCUCCUCCUCCUCCUCGAGGCCACUGCCCGUCUUCUCCCGCCUUCCUCUCUCUCCACGAAGCAGAAAUGUGCUGAUCGCUCCUCUCGCUCGAGCAACGAUGAUUUCCGUCGUGUCCACUGUGGAGAGCCUUCCAAGGGGCACGGGGACCCCGGCACCGAGCGUGUACCAGCGGAUCAGAAAGAUCUUGAACAGGGACCUGCUGGUGACAUUGGCCUUCGGUCAAGUCCUGUCCUGGUUAAUCUGUGCCAUCGGCCUGACGAGCAAAUACCUGGCUGAUGACUUCCAUGCUAACACGCCGGUGUUCCAGAGUUUUCUUAACUACAUCCUGCUGUUUCUGGUCUACACCACCACGCUGGCGGUCAGGCAAGGUGAAGGAAACUUGUUGGCCAUUCUGAAGCAGCGCUGGUGGAAGUACAUGAUUUUAGGUUUCAUAGACAUCGAAGCCAACUACCUGAUACUAAAAGCUUACCAAUACACCACACUGUCCAGCGUGCAGUUGUUAGACUGCUUUGUCAUCCCAGUGGUCCUACUGCUGUCCUGGUUCUUUCUGUUGGUGAGAUACAAGUUCAUCCACGUUGUAGGCACAUUACUGUGUCUUAUGGGUAUUGGGUGCAUGGUGGGGGCUGACAUCCUACUUGGCCCUCAGCAGGCUCUCGGGGAACAAAAGCUGUUUGGUGAUCUGUUAGUUUUGGGGGGAGCAACUUUGUAUGGGAUCUCCAAUGUCUGUGAGGAGUUCAUCGUGAAGAACCUGAGCCGUGUGGAGUUCCUGGGCAUGAUUGGUCUCUUUGGGUCAUUUUUCAGUGGCAUCCAACUGGCCAUAAUGGAACACAAGGAGUUGCUGAAGGUUCCCUGGGACUGGCAGAUCGGUCUUCUCUAUGUGGGCUUCAGUGCCUUCAUGUUCAGCCUGUACAGCUUCAUGCCGCUGGUGAUGAAGAGGACGAGUGCUGCCUCGAUCAAUCUCUCUCUGCUCACAGCUGACCUGUACAGUGUCUUGUGUGGUCAUUUCCUCUUUCAUUAUAAGUUUUCUUGCCUCUAUUUGCUGUCAUUCAUCCUAAUUAUCUUGGGCCUGGUGGUUUAUUCCUCUACAUCCACCUAUAUGGUCCAGGACCCCCGAGUAUACAAGCAGUUCAGGAACACAGUCAACCAUCGUCCCAGUGAAUCCCUCCAGCCCAGUCAGCGAGUCUUGGAACCAUCUGUAGCAUACACCAGCUUGGGCCCUGAGUUGGGGGAGGAACCUAAUUAACGUGUCAUUUAGCAUGGUAUAUAAGAUUGUUGAUUGUUGGAGACUAGAGGUGGAUAUGUGGGAUGCAAACACUUUGGCCCACAGUUGUGUACAAAGAGCUGUCUCUGAUGCUCAUGCAAAACUGGGUGAUCACUUCCUGUUUGGACCAGGUGUUGAUUUUAUGGGCUAUACUAAGAACAAGAAGCUUUAGAUCCCCCACGACAGUUUCGUUGUACCUACCAGAACGUGUGUCUGAAAAAGACGGAAUGUUAUUGAUUCACUCAAGACUGGCCGCUACAGUGGUGAAUAUAAAUUAUGAAACGAUGUACAUAGGUUGGUACAGUAUUAUUAUUAUUUUCUCUUUCUCGUUAGCUCUUUCGAUACCGUACUGUUUGCGCUUGCUAAGCGUGCGCAAACUGUGUUCCGUUUGUUUGUGGGUGCUUGAUGUGUUUUUUUUUUUUUUUGACAUUUUACAGUGAAGCCAUCUGCUCAAACACAACUACGUGGUAGUGAUCAAUGACUUGAGCCUUUAACUUCUUACUGCCACAAAUGGAAAUAAAACUUGAUACCUAUACAGUAAAUGAACUUUAUUCAGUUCAAAUGGAGUUUUUGGUCAGCACAAAUACCCAUGUGUGAAUAUCACAGGAACUCCGGUCUGCUUUCAGAAUUUUAUAAUUUGUAAAUUACAGAAAAAUGACGACUAAGAAAAACAAUUCUGAAAUAAAACAGAAGUAAG